UCUGCAUGUGUUCGCUCCGAGUUUGUGGUUCUUGUUGAUGCGGGGUCAGCCUUAGGGCGCCGUGGGGCUUCUCUUUUCGAUGUUGGUGACCAGCACAAAGUGUUAGCAGCGACAAAAUUUAGGCUUUGAAAUGAAGCGGUGCGAACGCUUGCGAAGGCUGGCCCUUCCCGACGCCGCCGUUCCCUAGCCGCGGUUUUUGCGCCAUGGAAGACAGCGGCAUUGACAGUGAUUCCAAGACGAAUGGAGUCGGCGGCAGUGGAAAAGACCGUCGACUUCCCGAGGACGAGGCGCCUUCGCUGAAACACUGCGAGGUUCCGCCGAGUGCUGCGAUGCAACAGGACGAAGAAACGGAUCCGAAGGAAAGCAGAACGCACACUCCACCACCAGAGGAACCCGUGAAGAGCGCUCAGGAACUUGCCGUUUCAAAGACGCGAGCUCUUCAACUUCAAAAGCGUCUCGAGAGGCACAUUCAGCAGAGCAAGCGGAUCCGUCAACAAAACCGUAUUGCGUGCGUGGACACCCAGCCUAAAAAGGCGCUCCUGCCCCGAAGUCGUCUGUCCGUGCCGACGAAAGGGCCUGGUCCAAUUCCACUACCAACCGGCGACACCGAGCCUCUGGUGACGUGGGAGUCAGACAGUGAGGAGGAGUUUGAAUUUCUGCCCACGUCCAAGGCAGCUGCCCGCGAGAUCACGCAGCAGCUGAUCAAGGACGGCUACGACCUUGAUUUGACCCCCGACGAUGACGACCUUGACCUCAUUCCUCCGAAACCGUUGGGACAGAGGUGCUCCUGUUGCGCCCUUAUGUGAUCCGGUGGUCCCUCUUCCAUGCUGUCGCGGUGUGGUUUCACCAAAGGCGUCCCAACACUGCGACGCAUUAAGCGGCGUUGUCACACGAGCAUGACAAUGGUGCGACGCUGCCACACUGCCGUAAUAACGUCGAUGUGUUUCCAACGGCGACAGUACAGCGGCUUGCAGAGACAAAAAUGUGUUAGCGGUGCAAUGUUUUCAAUGGUAACUGCGUUGCGAUGUCACUCUUUUGGGAUGAUGACGACACGACUCGAUUACAACGUUCGACAUCGUCCUCCAAGGAGAGUCCACGCUCUCCUGUUGCGGUCCUUGUUCGGAGUAGUAGCAACGUCAUCACACAAUGCCGACGUGCUAUAUUUUUUAAACCGUCGUGAUUUUAACGAUAUCGGCUGGGAGAAUGUGGCGCUUUAUAGUGCUUUUCACUUCACCGGAUCCCAGGGCCGCGUGUCAAACUUUUGCCGGGUGCUAUAGCAUGGACGGCUCCUGCAGUCUGACAAGACCGUGCUCACACUUCUAACUCUCACCGCUAAAUCUCCAUGCCCCAAACUGAGAGGGCAGUAAGGACGCCGCAUUGCGACGCAUGCUGAAGUUGCCGUCGCGCCGCGGCCUUUUGGACGCGGCAACUGGAGAUGUCGACCCUAAGGCGAUUGUUGUUGUUGUUUUGGUGGAGUGAAAUUGUGCCAAGACAAAGUUACACAAGGUGAAAAAAAAAAAAAAAAGAAAUCUCUGCAUUUGACGGAAUGACGCUACAGUGAGAACACUACUACGUCAAGAAAAUAGUUAAAAAGUUUUUUCUAUAUAUAUAUAUAUAUAUAUAGUACUUGUUUUCAGUAUUUACGCAGAUCUGUUUGUACGCGGCGCUUUGCGCGAUUACUUGCUGCUUUUUUUGCAACGCGACGCACGCCAAACGACGGUUUGGCCACUCACAUUCCGUGAAAAGUACAAGCGUGCCAACGAUGCUCGCAGGUUUUACCAGAUUCACGCGAAAUCGAUGCCACCUUGUUUUACUUUUGUUAUUCAUGCAUUACUCUAGUCAUUCCUUGAUCCACAUUUUCGAAAGCAUUAUUUUGUACGCCAAACUUUCUGUUGAAAGUUUACCGUCUUCUUUCAGAGUGCCACUUUUAAGCGCGUAAUAAAUGUGAAUCAAUUCAUUUGACCUGCUUUGUGCUGCCGAACUGCCUCAUUGUCACCUUCAUGGGGGUUUUACGAAGUAUUUGUUAAUCUUCGAUCGAAUAAUUGUUUGAACAUGUAUCAAGAGGCGAGUGCUUCUCCUCGCAACCAAGCUUGGGCAAGCACUUGGCACUUUGCUCCCAGUCUCCCGCUGCUUGCCGGUGCACUCGAGAAAAGCCUACCUCCCUGGCAAACAUAUUUUCAGCAGCCUCAUGCCCUUUAUUACGGGGCUACAUAUUGUCGCAGCCAAUGAGGCCGCAGAAAUGUCUUGGCAAUGCCACGUUUCUUGAUAAAGAUGUCUUGGCACUUCCAGAUAUAUUUUACCGCAUUCCAGUAGCAUAUAUGCGGAACUGUGACUCGCCUGUGUAAUUUGUCUUGCCCUCAACCUACUGGUAUCUACUGAUGAAAAAGUACCCAAGGAGCAUUUGUUGCAUUGGAUGAAUGUAUUGAGAAUGUUUGUCGAAAUAUCUCGUCCAUUCAUCCGGUGAAGUCAAAGCCUUCUUUUAAAGGAGCGAUGCAACAAUUUUAACGU